CUUCCGUAAACAUAAGGCACCUGUAAUGUUGAAAUUGUGUGCCGGGUGGUCUGUCUCAAUGUCGUUUCCAUCAUUUAUGUAUCCUGAAUGUAUACGAUGUCUGAAUCAUUUUCCGCUGAUAUAGAAAACCCUUGUGCGGGUGUGCGGGAAAGAAGCGAUGACUCCAGCAGUCCAGACAGUAGCGUGAGGCAGCGUGUGUUAAAGGAGGUGGGACUCACCAGCACCACCUUCAUUGGUCCGUCAUUUCCUGUAAAAACAACCACAGUCCAGCCUGACAUUGAGGACUCGCUGAGUGAGUUUUACAAAGAGCUUGAGAAGAUCGAUACACCGGAUGAUGCGAAUGAUAACCCAGGGAAACAAGAUGCAGGCUUUGUUAGACCACCUAUACCUCCCACAACACCUGCCUGCAAAGAUACUCAGGAUGUAAGCCAGAGGAAAAUAGUUAAAUCCACAGAAACAGAUGGCUACAAGAAAAGUAGUGGACAGAAACCAUCCUGGCCACACUGGUAUCAAAAUGAGCCAUACUACCCCAGAAGACCACUGCCAGGCAUGGAGCUGAACUCUGGCAGAGCUGCUCCUGUUCAAGAUCCAUGGCAUUAUCCUCAACCACUGAGCAGACCACCAAACCCCAGAUUUGACAGACCACCAUUCCAUCACCCACCGCCCCCAUCUGCAUUCCCGAAUCCACAAAGCCCACCAUCACACGUGAACCACAACUGGAGUGGUUCAGGCAUGAGAAACCAGUAUCAAAAGGAGUUGCAUUUUCCAACAUUUUCUAGCUUCCCACCUCCGAAUGUACGCAGUCACCCCUCUCAGGGCUUUUACAGGGAUUCCCCACACCACUUUGACAGGGACGAAAGGGUCGGCAACCGUGAUGCAUACUCAGGGAAUGUAAAUGUUGGAUGGUCGAGAGAUAGAAAAGAAGAAUGGUGUCAGUUGGGUGAAGAUUAUGACAGGUGCCAGAGAUAUGAUUCAGAAAACCACCUGUGGGAGCAUCACUGCCAGCCCCGUGAGAACAAUAAUGCGUCCCAUUCUUCCUUGGUGCUGAUCUUGAUGAGGGGAUUGCCAGGAUCUGGGAAAUCAACACUGGCCAGGGAGCUGCUCUCCACUGGUCCCAGUGGGCUGAUACUAAGCACAGAUGACUACUUUGCUCACAGAGAUGGCUACCGCUAUGAACUCGGCCUGCUUGGAGCAGCACAUGAAUGGAACCAGAGCAGAGCAAAAGACGCAAUGCGUGAUGGCCGAUCCCCCAUAAUUAUUGAUAAUACAAACAUUCAGGCCUGGGAAAUGAAGCCAUAUGUCAAAAUGGCCUUGGAGAGAGGAUACAAAGUGGACUUUUGUGAGCCUGACACCAGUUGGAAGUUUGAUCCUUAUGAGCUGGAGAAGAGGAACAAGCACGGUGUUCCCCAGGAGAAGAUCGCACAGAUGAUGGAUCGUUUCUCAUUUCCCGUGUCUGUAGACAUCGUCAUGAGUUCACAAGAGCCGCUUCACGUGAACCAGAGACGUCGACCAGAGCAGCCACAGAUGAUGAAGAGAAAAUAUUAGCUUUUUUUUUUUUUUACAGAGAUUUAACCAGCAAAAUUUGCCUUGAAGAAUGACACUUUUGUAAUGGUGUAAAUAUUUUUAGCUGCUGUUUCUACGUGAUUUUUAAAAUAUUAUUUUGUACACUGUAAAUUUGUAUACUGAGAAGAUUUUUUUUUCUGAAUAAGUUUUAAAGAUUGAACAGUCAUGUGUGACAUGUUUGCUGGGAAAGGAAACCUGCUCUAUUUUUGCAUUUUGUAUUAAAUGGCUCAUAUUUCAGACUUG